GAAACGUUUAGAGCUUUUUACCUUAUUUUCGGCGAACUCAAUAGCUUAGGAUUAUAUGACUCGUUCCAGUCUAUGUUCCGCCUAAUAAAGUUCGACUCGCUUAGUGCGUUGUGAUUAUUAAUGGAAUCACAGGAAACAUUAAAAGAUCUUGAUUUACAAGAUAAAGGUACAACAAAAGAUCUUGAUCAAUGGAUAGAACAACUAAAUGAAUGUAAACAGCUCACAGAAAACCAAGUUAAAACUCUGACUGAUAAGGCAAAAGAAAUACUGGCGAAAGAAUCUAAUGUGCAAGAUGUCAAAUGUCCUGUUACAGUAUGUGGAGAUGUUCAUGGUCAAUUUCAUGACCUAAUGGAAUUAUUUCGUAUUGGGGGGAAAUCUCCAGACACAAAUUAUUUAUUUAUGGGUGAUUAUGUAGAUAGAGGUUACUAUUCUGUUGAAACAGUCACUCUACUUGUUGCUUUAAAGGUAAGGUACCCUGGACGCAUAACUAUACUAAGAGGGAAUCAUGAAAGUCGCCAAAUAACACAAGUGUAUGGUUUUUAUGAUGAAUGCUUACGUAAAUAUGGAAAUGCUAAUGUAUGGAAAUAUUUUACUGAUUUAUUUGAUUAUCUACCGCUUACAGCUCUUGUAGAUGGACAGAUAUUUUGUUUGCAUGGAGGUUUGUCGCCGUCAAUAGAUACUCUCGAUCAUAUCAGAGCAUUAGACAGACUUCAAGAAGUACCCCAUGAAGGCCCGAUGUGUGAUCUUUUGUGGAGUGACCCUGAUGACAGGGGAGGUUGGGGUAUAUCACCACGUGGUGCUGGAUACACAUUUGGACAAGAUAUAUCUGAAACAUUUAAUCAUACUAACGGACUUACACUUAUAGCAAGGGCCCAUCAACUUGUUAUGGAGGGAUAUAAUUGGUGUCAUGAUCGGAACGUUGUAACUAUAUUUAGUGCUCCCAACUACUGUUAUCGAUGUGGUAAUCAAGCUGCGCUGAUGGAACUCGACGAUGCACUUAAAUAUUCAUUCUUGCAAUUUGAUCCUGCUCCUCGAAGAGGAGAACCUCAUGUUACUAGGCGAACCCCAGACUAUUUCUUGUAAGACUCAAAUGUAAUUAUGUUUCUGAACUCUGAAAGCUUUUGGAUUAUGAUUAUUCUGAAACUUCUUUAAACACUGUAUAAAUUCUGUUUUUAACAGUCAAUAUAUCUGUUCGAAUAUAGUUUGUAACGAAUAACUUAUUACCUUAUUUUACUCGAAAUAAAACUUUGGUGGUUCUCUUUUUAAAA